AUGUCCUACAACGAUCCAAACUUGAAUGGCCAGUAUUACAAUAACGGUGAUGGGAAUGGUGACGGUAAUUACCCUACGUACCAAGUGACACAGGAUCAAAGUGCGUACGAUGAGUACGGUCAACCGAUUUAUACUCAAAACCAACUGGAUGAUGGUUAUUAUGAUCCAAAUGAACAAUAUGUUGAUGGUGCACAGUUCCCUCAAGGACAGGAUCCUUCACAAGACCAAGACCCUUAUAAUAACGAUGCUAGUUACUAUAACCAGCCCCCAAAUAUGAUGAAUCCGUCAUCUCAAGAUGGAGAGAACUUCUCAGAUUUUAGUAGCUAUGGUCCUCCAUCCGGUACUUAUCCUAACGAUCAAUAUACUCCUUCACAAAUGAGUUAUCCCGAACAAGAUGGCUCUUCAGGGGCUUCGACUCCCUAUGGAAAUGGUGUGGUUAAUGGUAAUGGCCACUACUACGACCCUAAUGCCAUUGAAAUGGCCUUACCAAAUGAUCCAUAUCCCGCAUGGACCGCAGACCCCCAGUCUCCCUUGCCCAUCGAACAAAUCGAAGAUAUCUUUAUAGAUUUAACAAAUAAAUUCGGUUUCCAAAGGGAUUCUAUGAGAAAUAUUUUCGAUCAUUUCAUGACACUUUUAGACUCUAGGUCUUCGAGGAUGUCCCCAGAACAGGCUCUUUUAUCUUUGCAUUCGGACUACAUUGGCGGUGAUACAGCCAAUUACAAAAAAUGGUAUUUUGCCGCUCAACUUGACAUGGAUGAUGAAAUUGGUUUCAGGAAUAUGAAAUUGGGUAAGUUAUCGAGAAAGGCAAGAAAGGCUAAGAAGAAAAAUAAAAAAGCCAUGCAAGAAGCUAAUCCUGAAGACACUGAGGAGACUUUAAACCAAAUUGAGGGUGAUAACUCAUUAGAAGCUGCCGACUUUAGAUGGAAGUCAAAGAUGAAUCAACUUUCUCCAUUCGAAAUGGUUCGUCAAAUCGCUUUAUUUUUAUUAUGUUGGGGUGAGGCAAAUCAAGUCAGAUUUACUCCGGAGUGCCUUUGCUUCAUUUAUAAAUGUGCCUCUGACUACCUAGAUUCUCCACAAUGUCAACAACGUCCUGAUCCCCUACCCGAAGGAGAUUUCUUAAAUAGAGUCAUUACUCCUCUGUACCGUUUUAUUAGGAGUCAAGUUUAUCAAAUUGUGGACGGUCGAUACGUGAAGAGUGAAAAAGACCAUAACAAAGUUAUCGGGUAUGACGAUGUCAAUCAAUUGUUCUGGUAUCCAGAAGGUAUAGCAAAAAUUGUCAUGGAAGAUGGAACCAGACUGAUCGAUUUGUCAGCAGAGGAGCGUUAUUUGAAACUGGGAGAAAUCACAUGGGAUAAUGUCUUCUUUAAGACUUACAAAGAAACACGUUCCUGGUUACAUCUAGUUACCAACUUCAAUCGUAUUUGGAUCAUGCACAUCUCAGUGUAUUGGAUGUAUUGUGCUUACAAUGCACCAACUUUCUAUACUCACAACUAUCAACAAUUGGUCAACAACCAGCCUUUGGCAGCCUAUAGAUGGGCCACUGCGGCAUUAGGUGGUACUGUGGCAUGUUUGAUUCAAGUUGCCGCUACUUUAUGUGAAUGGUCAUUUGUUCCAAGGAAAUGGGCCGGUGCUCAACAUUUGUCUCGUAGAUUCUGGUUCUUGUGUGUCAUUUUGGGUAUUAAUUUAGGGCCUGUGAUAUUCGUUUUCGCUUAUGAUAAGGACACGGUAUAUUCUACUGCCGCUCAUGUUGUUGGGGCAGUUAUGUUUUUUGUCGCUGUGGCAACACUUGUUUUCUUCUCCGUAAUGCCAUUGGGUGGAUUAUUUACAUCCUAUAUGCAAAAAUCCACAAGAAGUUAUGUUGCUUCACAAACCUUCACUGCGUCUUUUGCUCCAUUGCAUGGUUUAGACAGAUGGAUGUCUUAUUUGGUCUGGGUGACUGUUUUUGCUGCUAAAUAUGCAGAAUCAUAUUUCUUUUUAAUCCUAUCGCUAAGAGAUCCAAUCAGAAUAUUAUCCACUACCUCAAUGAGAUGUACUGGUGAAUACUGGUGGGGUGAUAAGAUUUGUAAAGUGCAGCCUAAGAUUGUUUUAGGUUUAAUGAUAGCGACAGACUUCAUUCUGUUCUUUUUAGACACUUAUUUGUGGUAUAUCGUUGUUAACACUGUUUUCUCCGUCGGAAAAUCGUUUUAUUUGGGUAUUUCUAUCUUAACACCAUGGAGAAAUAUUUUCACCAGAUUACCAAAAAGAAUUUACUCUAAGAUUUUGGCUACUACUGAUAUGGAAAUAAAGUAUAAACCGAAAGUUCUGAUUUCUCAAAUUUGGAAUGCUAUCAUUAUUUCCAUGUACAGAGAACACUUAUUGGCCAUCGACCAUGUACAGAAAUUAUUAUAUCAUCAAGUUCCAUCUGAAAUUGAAGGGAAGAGGACUUUGAGAGCUCCUACUUUCUUUGUUUCCCAAGACGAUAAUAAUUUUGAGACUGAAUUUUUUCCUAGAGAUUCAGAAGCUGAGCGCCGUAUUUCAUUUUUUGCCCAAUCUUUAUCAACUCCGAUUCCUGAACCACUGCCAGUUGACAAUAUGCCAACAUUUACUGUAUUAACUCCUCAUUAUGCUGAGAGGAUUCUAUUAUCGUUGAGAGAAAUUAUUCGUGAAGAUGAUCAAUUUUCAAGAGUUACUCUUUUGGAAUACCUGAAACAAUUACACCCUGUGGAAUGGGACUGUUUUGUUAAGGAUACGAAAAUCCUUGCUGAAGAAACUGCUGCGUAUGAAAACAAUGAAGAGGAACCUGAAAAGGAAGACGCUUUGAAAUCUCAAAUUGAUGAUUUGCCCUUUUAUUGUAUUGGGUUCAAAUCUGCUGCACCUGAAUAUACCUUACGUACGAGAAUUUGGGCUUCCUUAAGAUCACAAACUUUAUAUCGUACUAUUUCAGGGUUCAUGAAUUAUUCAAGGGCUAUCAAAUUACUGUAUCGUGUGGAAAAUCCAGAAAUCGUUCAAAUGUUCGGUGGCAAUGCUGAUGGUUUAGAAAGAGAACUGGAAAAAAUGGCAAGGAGAAAGUUCAAAUUCUUGGUUUCUAUGCAAAGGUUAGCCAAGUUUAAACCACAUGAACUAGAAAAUGCUGAGUUUCUGUUAAGAGCUUAUCCGGACCUACAAAUUGCCUACCUGGACGAAGAACCUCCCUUGAGCGAAGGUGAAGAGCCAAGAAUUUACUCUGCUUUAAUUGAUGGUCAUUGUGAGAUUUUGGAGAAUGGUCGUAGACGUCCCAAAUUUAGAGUUCAACUAUCCGGUAAUCCUAUUCUUGGUGAUGGUAAAUCCGAUAACCAGAAUCAUGCUUUGAUUUUCUACAGAGGUGAGUACAUUCAACUGAUUGAUGCUAACCAAGAUAACUACUUGGAAGAGUGUUUGAAAAUCAGGUCUGUCUUAGCAGAAUUUGAAGAAUUGGGAAUUGAGCAAGUUCAUCCUUAUACUCCUGGUUUAAAAUAUGAAGACCAAUCAACAAAUCACCCUGUUGCGAUUGUAGGUGCUAGAGAAUAUAUUUUCUCUGAAAACUCUGGUGUUCUAGGUGACGUAGCGGCUGGUAAAGAACAAACUUUUGGUACAUUAUUUGCCCGUACUUUGGCGCAGAUUGGCGGUAAAUUGCAUUAUGGUCAUCCAGAUUUUAUUAAUGCUACAUUCAUGACUACUAGAGGUGGUGUUUCCAAGGCACAAAAGGGUCUACAUCUAAAUGAAGAUAUUUAUGCUGGUAUGAACGCCGUGCUUCGCGGUGGUCGUAUCAAGCAUUGCGAAUACUAUCAGUGUGGUAAAGGUAGAGAUUUAGGUUUUGGUACAAUUUUGAAUUUCACUACUAAGAUUGGUGCUGGUAUGGGUGAACAAAUGUUAUCUCGUGAAUACUACUAUUUGGGUACGCAAUUGCCUAUUGACCGUUUUUUGACGUUCUAUUAUGCGCAUCCAGGGUUUCACUUGAAUAACUUAUUUAUUCAAUUAUCUCUGCAAAUGUUCAUGCUAACUUUAGUGAACCUGCAUGCUUUGGCCCAUGAAUCCAUUUUGUGUAUUUACGACAGAAACAAGCCAACCACCGAUAUUUUGUAUCCAAUUGGUUGUUACAAUUUUCAUCCUGCGAUUGAUUGGGUGAGACGUUAUACGUUAUCUAUUUUUAUCGUUUUUUGGAUUGCAUUUGUCCCUAUCGUUGUUCAAGAAUUAAUUGAGCGUGGUUUGUGGAAAGCGACUCAAAGAUUUUUCCGUCACAUUUUAUCUCUAUCUCCCAUGUUUGAAGUUUUUGCUGGCCAAAUCUAUUCUUCUGCACUAUUAAGUGAUAUUGCUGUAGGUGGUGCUCGUUAUAUUUCAACGGGUCGUGGCUUUGCUACAUCCCGUAUACCGUUUUCUAUUCUUUAUUCUAGAUUUGCCGGUUCAGCCAUUUAUAUGGGGUCAAGAUCGAUGUUGAUGCUAUUAUUUGGUACUGUGGCGCAUUGGCAAGCUCCCUUAUUAUGGUUUUGGGCAUCAUUAUCAGCCCUAAUAUUUGCACCGUUCAUUUUUAAUCCGCAUCAAUUUGCUUGGGAAGAUUUUUUCCUAGACUACAGAGAUUAUAUCAGAUGGCUGUCAAGAGGUAAUAAUAAAUAUCAUAGAAAUUCAUGGAUUGGCUAUGUGAGAAUGUCGAGAUCUCGUAUUACCGGUUUUAAGCGUAAACUAGUCGGUGAUGAAUCAGAGAAAUCCGCAGGUGAUGCCAGCAGGGCUCACAGGACCAAUUUGAUUAUGGCUGAAAUGAUACCGUGCGCAAUUUAUGCAGCAGGUUGUUUUAUUGCCUUCACGUUUAUUAACGCUCAAACUGGUGUCAAGACAACUGAUGAAGACAAAGUGAACUCCACUCUACGUAUUAUCAUCUGCACCUUAGCACCUAUUGCUAUCGAUAUUGGUGUUUUAUUCUUCUGUAUGGGUUUAUCCUGCUGUUCUGGCCCUUUGUUGGGCAUGUGCUGCAAGAAAACUGGUUCCGUUAUGGCAGGGAUCGCACACGGUAUCGCUGUUGUUGUCCAUAUUGUUUUUUUCAUUGUCAUGUGGGUUUUAGAGGGUUUUAGUUUUGUUAGGAUGUUGAUUGGUGUUGUUACAUGUAUACAAUGUCAAAGGUUGAUUUUUCACUGUAUGACGGUAUUAUUGUUGACCCGUGAAUUUAAAAACGAUCACGCUAAUACUGCCUUCUGGACAGGUAAAUGGUACAGCACUGGCUUAGGAUAUAUGGCGUGGACUCAACCGACGAGGGAAUUGACUGCAAAAGUCAUUGAGCUUUCCGAGUUUGCAGCGGAUUUUGUUUUGGGACAUGUGAUUUUGAUCUUCCAACUACCAGUUAUUUGCAUUCCGAAGAUAGAUAAGUUCCACUCAAUCAUGUUGUUCUGGUUAAAACCAUCCCGUCAAAUUCGUCCUCCUAUUUAUUCUUUAAAGCAGGCGCGCCUACGUAAACGUAUGGUGAGGAGAUAUUGCAGCUUGUACUUUUUGGUACUAAUCAUAUUCGUGGGAUGCAUUGUUGGCCCUGCUGUUGCUUCAGCCCAUGUUCCACUUGACCUUGGAUCUGGGUUGAAGAAUACUUUCCAUAACUUAGUUCAACCAAGAAACCUAUCUAACAAUGAUACUGGGUUACAGAUGUCUACUUAUAAGAGUCACUAUUACACUCAUACGCCAUCUUUGAAGACCUGGUCUACGAUCAAAUGA